AUGAUCGCCAAUUCGAACGCCGAUUUACGGAGGUCAAAUAAAAAUUAUUUCAGGUACAAACCUCCGGAUUCCAGCAUCGCCCCCGACGAUCCUACCCCAGACUACAUGAAUGUGCUUGGUAUGAUCUUCAGCAUGUGUGGUCUUAUGAUGCGACUCAAAUGGUGUGCCUGGAUCGCCCUUUACUGUUCCUGCAUCAGCUUUGCCAAUUCAAGGUCUUACGAUGAUGCCAAGCAGAUCGUUAGCAGUUUCAUGAUGCUGCAGAAAGAUCUGGCGAAAUGGAUC